AUGGUGGAUUAUUACAACGACGAGGAGGAACUCGAUAGCGUGGACGAUGAGGAUGAUCGGAGUUUCAGAGGAAGAGAUUCGGAAGAAGACACAGAGGAUGCCAGUGAGACGGAUCUUGCCAAGCAUGACGAAGAUGACUACGUAGAAAUCAAGGAGCAGAUGUACCAGGACAAACUGGCCUCCCUCAAGAGACAGCUGCAGCAAUUACAAGAAGAACAGGUGGAGAGGAACUACAUAAAAGAGAAAAAGGCAGCGGUGAAGGAGUUCGAUGACAAAAAGGUGGAACUGAAGGAAAACCUAAUCGCAGAGCUGGAGGAGAAGAAGAAGAUGAUCGAGAACGAGAAAUUAACGAUGGAGCUGACGGGCGACUCCAUGGAAGUAAAACCAAUCAUGACGAGGAAGCUGAGGCGGCGGCCCAACGACCCGGUUCCCAUCCCAGACAAGAGGAGAAAACCUGCACCAGAUAUCCUUCAUGUCAACUCAUAG